GUUGUGGAAAUUCUGGAACUUGAGGGAGCCAGUAUACCUUGCGUAACUGGAAAGCCAAUUUAAGGUCACUCAAUUCAGCAGAAACUUCCUUCUUGGAGGCAGAAAGAAAGCCAACCCUGUUUUCCUCUGGUUUAUGGCCAACCCUGCUGAUUUUAAUCUCAGAGGACACAUUUGAUCAAUUGCUGCUUCACUGCUACCAAGUUCUGUUUUCCACCUUGGCUUUCCUGUAUCUUCAACGCCGAUGACCAAAUGCGACUUGGUGUGAGUGAGCCUACCUUUUGCUGUGGCAAACCAGGUUGCCUGUGGCUGGAACUGAGCAGAGCCUUUGGAUGGGUCUUAUUGUGUGUGGUGUUGUGAAUCCCGCAGCUGUGGCUUUCUCCCCAGCUGAUAAUUCCCUAUGCAAACCUAGUGUCGCAAACAAGGCAACCGCGAUAAACAUAGGGAGAAAAAAAAGAAAAGAAAAAACAGGGAGGUUGCAAGUCUCUGGGCAGGCGUGGAAAAUAAUUGUCAGGUAGAUUAAUGCAGCUAAGAAAAUUCAGGAGCUGCCACCUUGACAUUCUGCUGCUAUAAUUUAAAAUCCGAGGGGAGUAUUUGAAAGCAUGGAAGAGACAGAAGAAAAACACAGUACUUUGGAGGUAACUCCUGAUGUUCGCCAUGAGAGCCUCAGUUGCAAGACUUUUCCACAUCUGCUGAUAAAAAUGAUCAACAAGUCUCGAUGGAAGAUACUUGGACUAUUGGCUGUAUUUCUGCUGAUGGUGUGGUAUACAAUAUCCCGGGAAGAAAGGUACAUACCUCUUUUUGAUUUCCACUUCCAAGAUGAAAAGAUGACCUGCCCUUUCAAAGAGGUAGAAAAGAAAGCCGCACAAUUGAUACCAAAUUACACACGGGAACCUCCACUGUUUUUACACCUAAAGGAUUAUUUCUGGGUGAAGACCCCUUCCCUAUAUGAACUGCCUUAUGGGACAAAAGGAACAGAGGACAUUCUCCUACGUCUUCUAGCAAUCACGACUUACUCUCUCCCUGAAAACUUUCAAAGCUUGAAGUGCCGACGAUGUGCAGUAGUUGGGAACGGCUACCGGUUGAGAAACAGCUCCAUUGGAGAAGUCAUUAACAAAUACGAUAUUGUGAUCAGGCUGAACAACGCGCCAGUCCACGGUUACGAGCGUGACGUGGGCACCAAAACUACCAUGCGUCUUUUCUACCCCGAGUCAGCACACUUCAACCCUCAGACCGACAACAACCCGAACACGUUGCUGGUGCUGGUGGCAUUCAAACCCAUGGAUUUUAUGUGGAUGGAGACAAUUCUCCACGACAAGAAGAGAAUUCGCAAGGGUUUCUGGAAACAGCCUCCAUUAAUUUGGGAUGCAAAUCCCAAGCAAGUACGAAUUCUGAACCCAUAUUUCAUGGAGGUUGCAGCUGCUAAAGUGCUUAAGCUUCCAAUAAAACACUUGUGGAAGCUUAAAGAGAAACCAACGACAGGAUUAGUGGCUAUCACCCUUGCUUUGCACUUUUGCGAUGUGGUAGAUAUUGCUGGCUUUGGAUAUCCCAGCUCAGAUGACAAGAAGCAGAGUAUUCACUACUACGAGCAAAUUACGGUGAAAUCUAUGGCUUCUUCAGGGCACAAUGUCUCCCACGAGGCAUUAGCAAUAAAACAGAUGCUUGAAUUGGGACUCGUCAAGAACCUCACUUACUUCUGAUGUAAGAUGGACAGCCUUUAUGUUCACGUGGAGCUGAGCUUCGUGCCAGCAGGACAAAGCCCUUUGUGGCUGGCCCUUUUCUAACACAACAGCCGUCCCUUCCAUUCCAAUGCUGACUGAUUGCAGAGGCCAUGCAGUUCCCUGCAAGUGGGGAUCAGGCUGGGUGGAAGUGUACGGCUUCGAAAUGUGUUGGCAGCUAGGGGUAGAAGCAGUCCUGUAGAGAACCUGGGGGACACCAUCAGUCGGAGUCUUUCUUCCUUGUUGGGCACUGCCCUCUACCGAAUCUUCUUCACUUGGGCGGUUGCAGAAUUUCCUUUGGCGUCCAACUGAGAAAUGUUCCUGCAUUUCACCAGAGGCAACUUUGGAACGACGGGCCUCCAAGAAGAUACCAACAGAGUUUCCCACGCUGAUAAAGUGAUCGUCCCAUAAAGUGGUUUUCAUUAAUCAUUUCUCCCUUCCUCUGCAAACCAGUAGAUGGGUGGUUGUUCGUUGUUUUAUUUAUCGUAUUGGAUGUUACCUAACAGGCAAGAGGCAACUUGAAUGAAGGAUUAUUAGUUAUCUGCCACCCUGUUUCCCUGUUUAGAUGAAGAUGAGACAAAGUAGGUUGGUUUAAGUCCCUGAGCAAUUCUCCCGUUAAGAGCGCCCAGGAGGAUACGAUCAAGGAUGGUAGCGGAGAGAGUGAAGUGUACUCCUCUCUCAUCUGAUUGGUUAGUUUUAGAGACUAUGCUGGAAAGGAGAAUACCCAACAGUAUUUGCUGGUAGUUUUUAUACCUAAAAUAGUAGUUGAAUGGAUGUUUAUUUUUAUUUUAUUUCCCCCCCCCCCCCCGGGCGCAAAGUGUGGAAAAGAAAUCCUUCUGUGAAGGACGUGCGUGUGCCCGACUAAGCUUCAUCUCUGUUCUUAAAUGUAUGGAAUAGAUUUCUUUCCUUCCCAUCAAGUGGCGAUGACCACCGGAAACGACCGACAACGCACAAGAACUAUCCUGGCCAAAGUUAAGCAGGAAAGGAAGGGCAGGAAAGGCAAGAGAAGAAGAAAAAGGGGGUAUAUCCUCUGUACGGGGAAGGAAAUGGGCAGAACCCGAAGUUGCACAGCACUUUUGCCUGACGGUUAGGAAGCGGAAGGGGGUUGUCCUUUAGGACGAAGGCUAAUCUCAGGGGCCUAAAAGUAGGGGUCGUUUUGAAGUAAGUUGCCUUUUCAUAGAGGCAGGGGAGGGCAAGGAGGGGUCCAGACAUUUCAUAUGUGCCAGUCUGGUUAGGAUUGGGUAUAUUCUCUUCUUCUCCUUUAAUCUCUAACGUGGGGUCAAAGUGUAUUUACGGCUGAUCAUAUUAAGUGCACUUGUCCGAUUGAAUAUUGGAAACCUGGCAACCUUCUGUUUCUCCCUCGAGAGGGGAUCGACCACGUGGAGGUACAAGACCACGAGACCAACUUCCAUGUACUUGUGCAGCCAAACGUGCCUUAGCCAUCUUCGCAAGUGCCCGGCUUUUGAGGGGGCCUGCUGGCGAUGCAAACUCCCAGCGGCUGAGGCCAUCCGAUCCAUCGCUAAGAAGGUGGAUUGCUCCGAAGGACUGCCCAUGGACUGGACAGAUGAGAGAGGUUUCCAGAUUCCUCCUUUGGAAACCGGGAGGAAGGAGGGGUUGCUUAUUAAAUGGGGGUUCUGGGGAGAGAGGGGGCAUUGAAUCCCACAAGGAAAUGUUGGAAGUGUCUUUUCCUGGCCAAGCAAUUACAGCAGUGUUAAGUAAUUUAAUAAAUUUAAUUUAAA